CGUAGACAAGAGUCUGCACUUAGCAGAACUUGCGGCUUUGACUCCAGUGUAGCGUACCUUUCUUGAUGUGAGAAAUUCUCCUUUUGCACAACUCAAGGGCAUAAAUGUCUUCAGACUCACUAAAAAAGCGAAAGGCGAAGGUUCUUCGCAACGAAGCAGGGACUGCAGAAGUGAAGCGCGGCAGAGGUGAAGCUGACCAGCAGGACGUACGCGUCUACAAUGAGGAAGUGGAGCUGGAUGGCAGGGACCACGAGGAGGACUUCAUCCAGUUUAAAGAGUCAUGCGAAGGACUGGCCAAGCUAAUGGAUGAAAUACAGGAGCUCAAAGCCAAUGGGGCAAAGGAGGGGAGUCCUGAAAUUGAACGUAGACGUUUGCAGAGCUGCAACCACUUCAUGACGUUGAAAAAACUCAACCGUCUGGCUCACAUGCGGUUAAAAAGAGGCAGGGAUCAUACUCACGAGGCAAAGCAGAAAGUGGAUGUGCUGCACCUCCAGUUGCAGAAUCUUUUGUAUGAAGUACUGCAUCUUCAGAAGGAAAUCAGUAAAUGCUUGGAGUUCAAGUCUCAGCAUGAGGAAAUAGACCUCGUCAGUGUAGGAGAGUUUUACAAAGAUGCACCAGAGGAGAUCUCCAGGCCACAGCUCACCAAAAAUGAUCCGCACCAGCAAACACUGGCAAGGUUGGACUGGGAGCUUGAACAGAGGAAAAGGUUGGCAGAGACGUACAAACAGUCUCAGGCCACAAAGGAGAAGAUCCAGAAAAGUAUUGAGGUCAAAAAGGAACACCUGAGGAGCUUGCAGCCUGGCCUGAAUGCCAUCAUGCAGGCCUCCAUCCCAGUGCAAGAGUACCUUUCUGUGCCUGUUGAACAGACACAGAAACACACAGAGAUUGCACAACACCUGCCACCACCCCUGUAUGUCCUCUUUGUUCAAGCCAAUGCAUACGGUCAAGCUUGUGACAAGAACCUGAGCGUAACAAUCAGCGGGGAUGUGGAAGAAGCCAAGGCUAUGUCUAAACCACCGGAGGAUUCUCAAGAUGAUGACAGUGACUCGGACGCAGAGGAAGAGCAGGAAAAAACAAAGAGGAGACGACCAACUGCGGGCGGCCAGCUAGAUGACAAGAGGCGCGAGAUGCUCAAGAAACACCCACUGUCCCUCUCUUUUGACUUGACGUGUAAAGAUGGCAGUGUCCUCAAUCUCUUCUUCUACUACCUGAUAAAUCUCAACAUCAUGACAGUCAAAGCUAAGAUUUCUGCAUCAACAGACCUCACCACAGCCAUCAGUGCAGGGGAACUUAUCAAAUCUGAAACCCUUCUAAGUUGUUUGUACGCCAAUGAUCAUGGAAGAGAAACACCCAAUCCAGCUAACCGUUAUCAGUUUGAUAAAGUUGGGAUUGUUUCUUUUGCUGACUAUGUGGAGGAUUUGGGUCAUCCGUACAAAUGGGUUCAGAAUCUUGGAGGGCUACAUUUUCCAAGUGAUUCGUCUGAGGGUAUGCUUGUGGGCAGUUCUCUAAGUGCUAGCCAUAUGGAGAACACCAUGAAGCUCCUGAGGGGGCGGGUUCUGUCCCGCUUGGCUCUGCAUAAGCAGUUUGCAUCUUUAGAGCACAAUAUCAUCCCUGUCACCACUGAGUGUCUGCACCUCUUUCCAGCCAAGAUUAUUUCCCGUUUAGCUCGAUGGACCACCAUCACGCAUGAGGAGUACACGGAUCUGACAUUUACACGUCAUGUGACUGAUGCUGGUCUGGCAAAAGCGACUGAUAUGUAUUUUAGUGGGGUUAUUGAAAGAGGCACAGCUAGUCUUCAGGCUGCAGUGGUGCUAAAUCCCCGUUACCCUGAAAUCUCGCCUCUCUUCUCCCUCUCGCUCAGCUGGAAGGGAGAGCGCAGUGGGCGCACUGAUGACAACCUUAGGGCCAUGGAAAGUGAGGUGAACGUGUUCAAAAAGGAAUUACAAGGCCCACGUCCAGGCUACCAGCUCUUGACCAAUCAGAUUUCACGCCUAUGUGUCUGUCUGGAUGUCUACCUGGAGACCGAAGAACAGGAUGAUGGUGUGGAAGGACCACGGGAGUUUCCCCGUGAAAAGAUGUGCCUGCGUACUGUCAAGGGUCCAAAUCGUCUAAAACCAUUCAAAUACAACCAUCCUCUGGGUCUCUUCAGUCAUCGCUAAAAGUCUUCCUGUUAAACGGUUUUACUCAUCACAGCUAUUUGAGGCAUUUUAGACAUUUUAAUGAAAUAUUAGAAUGAUUUGAAAAUAAAGCAAUACCUUAUUUUGAUGAAAAUGUGUUAGAACUGGUUUUAAACUCUAUAUAUUGAAAUGUUUGUCAUUCUCCUUGCAACCUUACUGCUGUGCUAUUUAUAGAAUGUGAGAUCACUGAUUACUCUUCACUGUGUGUUCAUGGAAUCCAGCUACAAAAGGUUGCACAGGACGGUUCAAUCAAGUGGACUUUUGACUCAUUCUAAGUGGCUUCUGUUGCGUGUGUUACUGAUGCUGUGAAGGAAAUGCAACUAAAUAGGAAAUCAUGCCAAAUGCUGCACUGCUCCUCAUUUAUACAUGACCGUGGUUGACAGGACGUGAGGACGGGUGCAGCGUCUCCACCCCUUCUUCCUCUGCAAUGCAGGCAAGUUUGCAGCAUUUACCGCUCAGACUUUUCACUAAUUUUCACCAAGGUUUUCCGGAGCGAUUUCCCUUCAAACUUGAGCCACAAAAUGUCGUUGUCGUUCUUUAUUUUUGCUUUGUGUUGCAUAUUUUCAGGUAACAGGUUUACACACAUUACAGUCAAUAUUAUCAGAGCAUUGCAAGAGUGACAUUUCAGUUUAGGAGAAGUGCACAAUAAGCAUCCAGGUCGGUCUUACUAAUUUCUAUUAUAGCAAAUAUAAUGUGGAUAUUUGUAUACAUGAAAUAUAUUUGGGGUCAAUAUGUUCAGCUUAGCAUCUGUCCUUGAAGGCUAGUGCAGGUACAGUGUAAAUGCACUUUAUUGAAAGGCAGCUGUCACAUUCACAUUUGUAAAGAGCUUGAUAAACCUGGCUACAGAUGUAUUAGCGUUAAUGGUGCGUAAAUAGGACAAUAGAAAUAAAGUUUUCUUAUGCUUGAAGGGGAAGUUCAGAAUUUUUUACAUAAAAGCUUUAUCUUCGAGUUAGCAAGUGUUUAUUAGUCGUUGAUUUCAACAAAUUCAAUGCAGUUAUGUUAGUUUCAGGGCUCCGGAGUGACUAAGCUAGUGCGAGUCAAUGGUGCCUGCUUAGCAUACCAAUAAUAAACGUGUACGCAUGUAGGCAUGUGGCUGUUACCGGUUUCAAGGUUUACUGUGGUAUAAAAACGUCACGGUUUCAAAACCACUAAAAUUUUCUGUCAUACCGUAGUUACCGUAUUAGCUAUUUUUGAGGUCCCAAAAAUGUAGCGGGAAAUCCGUGGCUUGGAGCGGCAGUGCUCACCUAUCCCCUUCCAGUUGUUGCUCUGUCCUGUGUCAGUGACACUACAUCUGAGUAGUGCUGCAACGAUUAAUCGAUUAACUCGAGUAUUCGAUUAGAAAAAAAGAUUAAAAUUAAAUUUUGCUGCUUCGAGUAUUCGUUUAAUUAAAGUGGCAUUGUAAAGGUUUAUUUUGAAAGUGUUUGAAUUUAGUGGUUUGGAUGGAUACACUGCCCUCUAGUCUGCCUCAUUUCACGUAGCUGAAUCCAGCUGCUCCAUGUUAAGGCAAACAUAAGCCAAGUUUUUGUUUGAGCUAAUGUUUUUUUCCAAUGCAUUCGUAAUUUAAUUUAUAGUUUUAUUUAGCAGGUUUUUUUUUGCUGGAAUAUGCGUCUGAACAAUUGUUAAGAGCAUUGUUAAAAAAGAAGUUUUAUAGCAUUUAAGCUAGUGGACUGUUGCUAUGUAAAUUUUGUUGUACAUACAGUAGAUCCUUAUUUAUUUUUUAUUUUUUUUAUACCAUUCGAGGGUCAGCUCAGGUAUUUGAAGUUUUCAUGUUCCCUAUCCGAUUACUCAAUUAUUAGAAGUAACUAGUUAAUCGAUUAAUUGACUACUAAAAUAAUCGAUAGUUGCAGCCCUACUUACAACUUAAAACUUGAUUAACUAGAACUUAAAAAUAGCUUGACACAAAUGGGAAAAACUUCAACUUUUAGGUGAUGUGUGUUAUCAGGCAUAAUGACAUUUUUAGGUAGGAAAUAAGAUUUCUUUUUAUAAGAUCUAGAAGCUUUUUGAGUGACAGCCGUGAAUUUGUUUUCUUUUUCCUUUUUCUAGUCACAUCUGAGAUUCAAUUUUUAGCUGCUUUCAAAAAUGUACAUCGAAAAUAAAAACAUUGUCUGAAAAUGGUUCAAAAUAGGUGAAAUUUCUUGUUUUUUCUUGUAUAUUUAUAAUUGCUCUUUACAUUAAAAAAAUAUUUGUUCGAUCGGAUUACUCGAUAGAAUUUUCAGUCGAAUACUCGAUUACUGAAAUAUUCGAUACCUGCAGCCCUACACGUCUGAGCUUUUCCUACCCCCGCAAAAAUAGACAAAUGUUACAAGUAUGGGAGUACUUCAGCUAUUGAAAAGAAACUUGAGGAAGGUCAGCUGAUGUGCAGGCAACAUCUCCAGCAUGAUUUCACAUUUACCUGACCAUCAUCCGUCACUUUACACAAUAUGUAAACGCUGUCAUGAACGUUUGCCACCAGCUAUUAGAUUUCACUCAAACUGGUUUAGUGUGCCUCGUGACGGUAAAACAAAUACUAUAACGUAAGCUUGUUAACGAGGUAGAAAACGUGGCUAGUUAGCAUGCCGAGACGGCUAACUAGUUUCCUAUCUACCAUUAGCCUACUUUUGUAAAGUCUUCCGCCAUUGUAAACAUUUUGCAAAUAUGUUGUGAAAAAAAUCUAAAAAUCCUGUUUAAUGGAUUUUUUUUUUUUUUAACCCAUCUCAAAAUAACACAUUUUAGAGCUAUAAUUGCAAUUAGAGGCGUGCGAAAUUUCCGAUUCUUAGAUUAUUCGCGAUUCGGCCGUGGAAGAUUCGAGAACGAUUCACAAAUAUCCAAAUUCCGAUUAUUGAAUUAUACCAGGUUAAGCGGAAGUAAAACACAGUCACCGCGGUCUUUGGGACACAAUGAGGAACGGACUGAGAGUAUCAUGUUCAACGCAUGCCGCUAGAUAAAAAAAAACAAUCAUACCUGACUGCGGCUGACAGCCGCUACAAACAAUGCCUAGUUGCUACAAACAUACGGCUACAGUAGAUAUAUAUGUAGAACUGGAUGCAAAAUGACAGACGACGUCGGUUUUAGAACAUGUAUUAUUGAACAGAGAUGUGAAAUGACAGACUUUCCGGCGUAAGUAAACAGCCGCCAUCUUAAAGCAGUAGACCUCUCUAGAAGGCUUUGUUUUAGCGAACCUGAUUAACUUUUUAUCUAAAAUACUCCUAAAUCGGCAGAAUCUUGUCUUGAAUGUAUCUUUAAAUGAUGAAAUAGUUUUAAAACUUUGACAAAAGUAGACAAAGGGGAAAUUAUGGAAUAACGGGAGCAAUUUUAACAACUGUAACAGUUGAUUCACAACAUUACAUCAAUUGAAUGUAGUUUAAAGCUGCUGAUACAGAAUGGGGACGAGUUUUUUUAUUUACUGUUAUUUUUGUAUAUUUGUUUAAAGUUAUAUGCUAACUUGAUUAGGGCUGCAGCUAUCGAUUAUUUUAGUAGCCGAAUAAUCGAGUAAUCGGAUAAGGAACAUGAAAAAUUUAUUACCUGAGCUGGGCCUCAAAUGGUAUUAAAAAAAUAAUAAUAAUAAAUGAUGAUCUUUGUACAACAAAAGAACAAUUGGCUAACUUGCAUCGCAAAAGUUACCGCUAGUUUAAAUGCUAUAAAAUGCUAACUUUUUUACAAUGCUCUUAACAAAUGGUUCAGACAAAUAUCCCCACAAAAAUAGGCUAAAUACCUAUAAACUAAAUUACGGAUGCAUUAAAAAAAACAGCUCAAACAAAAUAUAGCUUAUGUUGGUCUUAACAGGGAGCACCUGGAUUCAGCCAUGUGAAUUAAAGCAGACUAUAAGGCAGUGUAUCCACCCAAAUCAAUAAAACU